AAAAAAAAAAAAAGAGCGGGCUUUUUUCCUUUUCUGCGAAAAUUGAACCCUCCCGAAAUGGUAAUGAUGUCACUGUUGUCUCUUUCGUGCUUUUUGCCUCACGCUUUUUUGACGUCCAAUCCUUUACAUGGACAUUCAACCACCAAGUAAACGAUUUCCUCGGAAUGCCACGCCUACAUAUUCCCACAGCAGUGAAAAUACCCGUGCACACUUUUCCACGUCGCCGCAAUCGUUUGAUAACAGUAUGCUCCGAUUCCAAUCGGAUCUCGAUCAACUGACACGGUCGCCUUCCGCCUACAGUGAGAUCGAAGUCAUUCUAGACGAUGGUAGCGUUCAGAAACGGACAGUUUCGCUGUCCACUAUACCCGACUCGCCCGUCGCCGAAGAGAACGAAAGACCGACCUUGAGAGAUAUGGAUGACAGUACGGCAACCACUGGCCUCCUUUCAAAUACAAGCAACGGCACCUAUGGUAGUAUAGACACCCGAAGUGAUUCCUCUACCGAACCGAGUAAUGCUUCCGAAGGAUCAGAUGAUUGCGCGACCAACGAAAAUUGCCGCCAUUCACGGAUCAAAUUGCCAAAACCGUCUCGAUCCACUUUUCGAAAACAAUGGCAUCGUCUGUGCAACAAAAUCCGCAGCCGUACUCAUUUGUCUUAUGCAUCGCGUAUGGUUUUGAAAUGCAGCUUUGCUUAUUUUCUGGCAUCAUUGUUUACAUUCAUCCCUUGGCUCAACGCGUCGAUCGGUCAUAACCGUACAUCCAGCCAUCUCGUCGCAACAGCCACGGUGUUUUUCAAUCCUGCAAAAACACUAGGCGGCAUGGUUGAAGCGGCAACCUAUGGCCUAAGCUAUCUCAUGUUUGCCGUCUGCAUUUGUCUCGGCUCCAUGAUCACCACCGACUUUUUUAUCGAUCGCGACUAUUACAAUACGGCUCAUGUAAUCUCGCUCUUCUUUUGGUUAGCCGGUGCCACUUACAUUGUCUCGUUUCUCAAAGCACAUUGGAACAAGCCUCCGGUGGCUACAGCCUCCAGUCUGUGCUUCAUUAUUAUUUUUAUUAUUGUUGUACGUGAAGGUUCGGCCAAUCGCGGGGAUUUCGAUGCAACGCGUAUCCAGCAGAUUACCUCUGCCGUAGCCACCGGAACACUUAUCACUCUUGCUUGUUGCGUCGUAUUUUGGCCAGUCUCAGCCUGCAAAAAACUCGGGAAAGAUCUGGAAACCUCGCUUCAGUCUUACAGAGUUCUGCUCAAGCUACUUGUCAAGACGUUCAUAUUAGACGAUGAUUUACCAGAAUUUCAAGCCAACAAGACACUGCAAGCAGCGAUCGAGUCGCAUCAAGCCAGUUUUACCGCUCUACAGAAAUCGUUGCAAGAAGCGAAACUGGAGAGUUGGAACGAGAGUGUACGGUAUCACGCCAAAGACUAUGAUCGGAUUGUGGAAAGUAUGCAACGGCUUGCUCAAUAUAUUGGUGGUCUGCGAAGCAGCUGUGGUUUGCAGUUUGAACAUAUGACGAGCCGCCACACACAGGGACAAACCAGCCCAAAGUUGAAUCGAUCCUUUACAAGUGCCGACACGUGGAAUGUCAGAGCAGGAUUCCGUCGAAGAAAACUCCAAGAUAAUCUUCGCCGACAAAGAACAGCAGUCGGUCCUGUUAUACCCCGAUCCGUCACUGCUGAAGACGCCCUGUCAAGUACUGCCCCAUCGCCUCGCAAACAAACACUGGAUGACGAUUCGCUGCCAACCUUUAUCGCGACAAUUCGAAAACCUCUAAAGUCGCUAGCCUAUACUUGCAAACAGACCAUCAUCCGCAUGCAAACCAUUUUUUCAUCGACUGCUUCCGCGGAGAGUAUGAGCAGUGACGCUUUCGAGCUUUCCAAAACGAAUUUAAAAAAAGCGAUUGACUUAUUCGAGAAAGCCGAAAAGGCGGCCGUGAUCAAACUGAGAAAACGACAAGUACGACAAGAGACGGGGGAUGACAAUAACCUACAAUUGACCCUUGGCGAAGAUAUUUUUCUUGUCUAUUUCUUUAUUUUCAACGUGAUUGAGUUUGCAAAGGAACUCAUCACUUUGGUGGAAGCUGUGGAACGGUUGUGUGCCCCCGCUGAAAACCAGCACUCAUGGUUGUCUUGGCUUUGUUGGCAGGGGCCCAAGGAUCAGUUAUCCGAUAUGCGACGCGAAAGGCAAACGACCUUUGAUCAUUUCAAACCAAACGAGCGCCACGCAACAGAUACACUGCAUACCCCUACGCCUAAAACGAAACUGCGGGCGGCCCUCAUCCGUGCUUGGAAAACAUUCUCCCUUUUCAAGACCCAAAAGGUACGAUAUGCAACCAAAGCAUGUAUUGCGGCAAUCAUUCUCGCAACGCCCGCCUUUUUGGAAUCGACGGGUCCGGCCUUUCGCGAAUGGCGUAUGGAAUGGGCUCUUAUUACCCUGAUGGUGGUCAUGACGCCUACGGUGGGAGGAACGAAUGUGGUGGCUAUUUAUCGUGUUUUUUCCACCAUUUUGGGCUGUUGCAUGGCAGCCAUAUUCUACGCUUUAUUUCCUGCCAACAUAUUUGUCUUGCCGGUGCUCACUUGGCUAUUCUCCAUUCCAAAUUUCUGGGUGAUUUUGAACCAUAAGCACGGAAAAUUCGGCCAAUUCACUCUGCUGGCGUACAAUCUGGUCAUGUUGAACAAGUACAAUGAUCGCGACAUCAACACGAUUAGCGUAUGGCUCUUGGCAUGGCAACGUUGUAUGGCGAUCCUGGUGGGAGUCUUUGUUGGACUGGUAGCUACUGCUUAUGUCUGGCCGUAUGAAGCACGCGUUGAGUUGCGAAAAGGCCUGUCAGAUUUCUUGCUGCGGCUCGCGUGGCUGUAUCAGAAACUGGUCUCCAUCCAUUUGGGCCGUCGGUCCAAUCCAAACACGAUUUUUACCGAAUUCUUUGAAGACAAUGCGCGAGUGCAACAUUUGACAUUGGACCGUCAACGCGAGCUUGUCACGGAAACUUUUAUGGAUCUUGAGUUGAGUUUGCAACGCUCUCUGUCGGAACUACGAGCUUUGUUGGCUCAGACACCCAACGAACCACGGCUGAAAGGACCGUUUCCGGUGGGCGCGUACCGUGCAAUGUUGGAUUCGUGUCAAAAUAUUAUUGACAAGUUCCUGUCGAUGCGUAUCACAGUGCUAAAAGAUAUUUGGGCAACGGAAAUUCGUGGCAAUCUUGUGAUGCCUGUGAAUCAACAACGACGUGAAAUGGUAGGAAACGUGUUGCUGUAUUUCUACCUGUUGGCUUCCGCGCUGCGACUCAAGACGCCCCUACCCCCUUACUUUCCUCCGGCUCGUAAAGCCUGGCAAUCCCUCUUGGUGCGAAUGCGCGAAUUACCGGCGUUGCAAUCAGAACAAUCACUGGAAAAAGAUAACGUCUACAUUGUUUACUACGCCUAUGUGACCAUGAUGGAGGAUAUUAUCCGUGAACUGGACAAGGUAAAAUCAUUAUUCGUACGUUAACAAAUGGCCUGAUGCUCAAUUUUUUGAACCUUCAUGUAGAUGGGGGACCAAAUGUCACAGCUGUUUGGCUCCUUGGUGCCUGCAGAUCAAUGGGAGGAUCUCUUUGAAGCAUGGGACACCGAGAGCGCAUGAAAUUAUAUUAAGAACAAGUCACUGUCUGAUUUAUGGUUCACGACCUUGCCAAAAGCUGAUCUUGUUGCCUGUCAACUCGAUGAAGCCCCAACAAGGCCAAAAGUGAUUACGGUCUUUGUGCAACAUACUCC